ACAGGCGGAGGGAUCCGGCGGGGCGGCGCUUCGCCGUGUUCGCAACCACCUUGAAGCCCGUGCCGGCCUGAGGAGCGCUCAGAGAGGUAGAGACUCUCCGAGGGGACUGUCGUUGGUAGCCGGGCUGGUUAAAAAAAAUUCAGUAGCCAUGUCUAAACCCCAUGAUGCCUUUAUCCAGACCCAGCAGUUGCAUGCUGCCAUGGCAGACACAUUCCUGGAACACAUGUGUCGCCUGGAUAUUGACUCUGAACCAAUCACUGCAAGAAACACUGGUAUUAUUUGCACAAUUGGCCCGGCUUCUCGGUCAGUGGAAAUUUUGAGAGAAAUGAUUAAAUCUGGAAUGAAUGUCGCCCGUCUCAACUUCUCUCAUGGUACUCACGAGUACCACGCAGGUACCAUCAAGAAUGUGCGAGAAGCUACUGAGAGCUUUGCUUCAAAUCCUAUUACCUACAGACCUGUUGCUGUUGCACUGGAUACUAAGGGACCCGAAAUUCGUACUGGACUCAUCAAGGGUAGCGGCACAGCAGAAGUGGAGCUUAAGAAGGGGGCAGCUCUGAAAGUGACCUUGGACAAUGCCUACAUGGAGAAAUGUGAUGAGAACGUCCUGUGGGUGGACUACAAGAACCUCAUCAAAGUGGUAGAGGUUGGCAGCAAAAUCUAUGUGGAUGAUGGUCUUAUUUCUCUGCAGGUUAAAGAAAAAGGUGCUGACUUUGUCAUCACUGAAGUUGAAAAUGGUGGAAUGCUGGGCAGCAAGAAAGGAGUCAACUUGCCAGGGGCUGCAGUAGACCUUCCUGCUGUUUCUGAGAAGGAUAUCCAGGAUCUAAAAUUUGGCGUGGAGCAAGAUGUGGACAUGGUGUUUGCUUCUUUCAUUCGCAAAGCAGCUGAUGUUCAUGCUGUCAGAAAUGUGCUGGGGGAAAAGGGAAAGAACAUCAAGAUCAUUAGCAAGAUUGAAAACCAUGAGGGAGUGCGCAGGUUUGAUGAGAUUAUGGAAGCUAGUGAUGGUAUCAUGGUAGCUCGUGGCGAUCUUGGUAUUGAAAUUCCAGCUGAAAAAGUCUUCCUUGCCCAGAAAAUGAUGAUUGGUCGAUGCAAUAGGGCUGGCAAGCCAAUCAUCUGUGCUACUCAGAUGUUGGAGAGCAUGAUUAAGAAGCCACGUCCAACACGUGCAGAAGGAAGUGAUGUAGCCAAUGCUGUUUUAGAUGGAGCAGACUGUAUCAUGCUCUCUGGUGAGACUGCCAAAGGAGACUACCCUCUGGAGGCUGUUCGUAUGCAACACCUUAUUGCUCGUGAGGCUGAGGCUGCUAUCUAUCACCGUCAGCUGUUUGAAGAACUUUUCCGCAUCACUGCUAACAACAGGGAAGCUGUUGAUGCCAUGGCUGUAGGCGCUGUGGAGGCCUCUUUUAAGUGCUUUGCUGCAGCUCUGAUAGUUUUGACAGAAUCUGGCAGGUCUGCUCACCUAGUGUCAAGGUACCGCCCACGUGCUCCUAUCAUUGCUGUGACCCGUAAUGAGCAGACAGCCCGCCAGGCCCAUCUGUACCGUGGCAUUUUCCCUGUGUUGUGCAAAGAGCCAACCCAUGAUGCCUGGGCAGAAGAUGUGGACCUCAGAGUUAACCUGGGCAUGAAUGUUGGCAAAGCUCGUGGAUUCUUCAAGACUGGUGAUCUGGUCAUAGUACUUACAGGAUGGCGUCCCGGCUCCGGCUUCACCAACACCAUGCGCGUGGUGCCUGUUCCCUAAACAUCAAGCCCGGCAAUCUCAUCUCUCCCCUACUGUCUUGGCACCUUCCCCUUGCACUAGACCAGCAUUCGCUUGCAGUAUUGUCUUGUCUGUAGAGUGGGUAGAGGCUGCCAAAAACCACCGAGUGCAGUAACCAGGGGAAGAGUCUAGAAAUACUUGAAGUAGUUCUCUGGAAAGCAGAACCUUGCCCGUUUCUUCCCCUUCCUCGGCUACCCUGCCUCAUUGGCCGGGAGCCAGCCUUAGCGUGUCUAGCAUAGUAACUUGGGCUGCCGGGUGCCCUGCAACUCCUCCGGAGAGUGCAGAGACACUCCACAGCAAAGGGUGCUGGUCUGGCCAGCUGGUAGGGCGUUGCUGCAGCGGCUUGACGUCGUGCCUGCCGUUCCUCCUCCUGUCCCGAAGUCUCCUUUCUGUAGUCUGGACUCCACCCAAACACUCCAACUGGGAGCGGCACUCGACCACAGCUCUGUAGCCCUUGCAGCAUCUUGCGAGUCUUGCCUCGUCCCUGUGUGUAGGCAGGGCUCUGGUACACUGCAGUCUUUCUGCCGCACAAAUCACUCAAAUAGCUAAAUGUACACUCCAGUAGGCGGUAUAGAAGGCAGUACUUGCUCACCCCUUUUUAAGCCCCAGAACACCAGCACUCAGAAGUAGCUGUUGUGUUGUCUCUUUUGUGGUACAGCUGGAAGAGAAUGAUGGAAAUAAGAGCAAUUUUUGGGGGGUGGGGGUCUUGCUCAAAGAGUCACCUGACCUGAAGAUUGUAGUGUGAUGGGAGGCAAUUCAACACGGCAGAUUCAGCGUAUGGUACUUAGAAGACUGAGCAGCACAGUUGGGUUGUUCCGCUCAGUGCACUCCCCCCAUCUUCAGCUGCUAAGAGCUGCUUGUGCGCCUGUUGCAGUGUUUGUUGUGUUUGUGUUUCUUGUUCCCUGAGAGCGCCGUCCUUUGUCAAAUCUGGACGCACUGCCUCCUGUAACAGGUGAAUCAGGUUGUAGAGUACAACUUUGUACGUCAAUAAAAGCAAAGCUCACACACCUA